UGUAGUGUAUUUAAAACUAACCUUUUUGUUUUUCUCUUUUAAAAUUUAUACAGGUAUCAAACUUCACUGCUGUUUUGAGUGUGGGAAACGGUUUCCUAAAAUGAGUAAACUUCAGAUCCACCAAAGAAUUCACACAGGAGAGAAGCCGUAUGACUGUUCUGAAUGUAGCAAACAGUUUUCACAGAGAUGCCAUCUUCAGAAACACCAAAAAAUUCACACAGGAGAGAAGCCAUAUGACUGUUCUGAAUGUGGUAAACAGUUUUCAGAGAGAAGCAGUUUUCAACGCCACAAAGUAGUUCAUACAGGACAGAAGCCAUAUUGCUGUUCUGAAUGUGGUAAACAGUUUGCACAGAGACACCAUCUUCAGAAACACCAAAGAAUUCACACAGGAGAGAAGCCAUAUGACUGUUCUGAAUGUGGUAAACAGUUUUCAGAGAGAAGCAGUUUUCAACGCCACAAAGUAAUUCAUACAGGACAGAAGCCAUAUUGCUGUUCUGAAUGUGGUAAACAGUUUGCACAGAGACACCAUCUUCAGAAACACCAAAGAAUUCACACAGGGGUGAAGCCGUAUUGCUGUUCUGAAUGUGGCAAACAGUUUUCAGAGAGAAGCAGUUUUCAACGCCACAAAGUAAUUCAUACAGAACAGAAGCCAUAUUGCUGUUCUGAAUGUGGCAAACAGUUUACACAGAGAUGCCAUCUUCAGAAACACCAAAGAAUUCACACGGGAGAGAUGCCAUAUGACUGUUCUGAAUGUGGUAAACAGUUUUCAGAUAAAAGCUGCUUUCAGCGCCAUCAAAGAAUUCACACAGGGGUGAAGCCGUAUGACUGUUCUGAAUGUGGUAAACAGUUUUCAGAAAGAAGCAAUUUUCAGCGCCACAAAAUAAUUCACACAGGACAGAAGCCGUAUGAGUGUUCUGAAUGUGGCAAACAGUUUUCAAGGAGAAGCAAUCUUCAAAGGCACCAAAGACUUCACACAGGAGAGAAGCCAUAGGACUGCUUUUCACGGAGAAGCUGAUAUCUUGAGAGACAUCAAAGAAUUCAUAUAAGAGAGAGAAAAAAACUGACAAACACCCCCACCUUAUCCACAGAUGAACACAGUACAAUAUGCUAAGCAGCAGAAAAUGAAUUACAAAAAAGAUUUGAUGAAAACAAAAAACAAUAAAUUGGGGAAACCACAAGUAAAGUGGUAAGUACACUGCCCACCUCUAGCAGCCUCCUGUGGACACAGAACUCACCUAUGCAUGGCUUAUGAGGGGCAAACUAAGACCAAAAGGUGAAGACCUAAUCAUAGAUGCAUAAAACAGGGGCUUGGACACAAAGUGGUUCAGAUCAUAAAUAG